AAAGGAGUUGGAAUCAGAUGUCCUACCACGGAUUGCACAGUAAACACGCGUGGAUAUGCAGAGCGCAAACUUGAAUUAGGUAGCCUAUUUGCACAAUAUAUAAACCUUUGGAUUAUGCAAUAAAAUAAGCCGCGAGAACAAUUAUAUAUUACCGGAUUGAAUGUCUGAGGGAAUUCAGAGUGGGACCAGAGAAAGAGGGGAGCUUCUCAUACACUUUUAGCCGGAGGACUGCGGCUGGAAAGAGUCUCUCUGUUCUAUAGAAUGCUGGAGAGAUUCUGUGUACCGCCCCCUUGUGUGGAGGAGGAAUGACGACGCCCCUUCGAUGAGAGCCAUGGAGCUGAAAGUGUGGGUGGAUGGAGUGCAGCGGAUCGUAUGUGGCGUCACAGAGCUCACCACAUGCCAGGAGGUGGUCAUCGCCCUGGCCCAGGCCAUUGGGCGCACUGGCAGGUACACGUUGAUCGAGAGAUGGCGGGAGACGGAACGCCACUUGGCUCCUCAUGAGAACCCUGUGGUGUCCCUCAACAUGUGGGGCCAGUAUGCCAGCGACGUGCAGUUGGUUCUCCAGCGCACCGGCCCCUCCCUCAGCGAACGUCCCAACUCCGACGGCACAUCCCGUGUGCCCGAGCGCGGCCUCUACCGCCAGAGCCUGCCUCCUCUGGCCAAGCUGCACCCGUCCGCCAAUGACUGCUCACUCAAGCGUCGGGAUCCCAAACGUAAGUCCCUCACCUUCAUGGCUGGGGCCAAGGGCUUGAGGGAUAUUUUUGGGAAGGGCAGAGAUGCCGAGGCCAAGCAGCAGCAGAGAGCACUGAACCAGGGCAGGGGGGUGGUGUCUGUGCCCCUCAGUCCAGCCCGGGAGCUGGUGCGCCUGGUCCAGCUGCAGAAGGACAAGCUCCAACUACUGGAGAGCCGGUUGCAGGGCUGUGAGGCGGAGCUACACGGCUGGGAAAGCGGUGAUGGUGGUGUGUGCGUCGAAAGUCAGGAGGGCGUCGGCGUGCUAGAGGAGGAGCUGGCGCUUCUGGAGCAGCAGCUGCGGAGAAACGAGGUGGAGAUGUCCGAGGAGGAGUUCUGGCAGAACGAGCUGCAGAUCGAGCAGGAGAGCGAGCGGCAGCUGAGGGAGCAGCUCCAGGAGCUGAUUGGACGGUUGCGGGAGUGUGAAGCCCGGCUAGGGGAGUACCUGACCCGUAUCCAGGGCAUGGAGGCUGGCCUGGAGCAGGAGACUGAGCAGAGCAGGCAGGUGGACGAGCAGGAGGCCCGGGCCCAGCUGGGGAAGGUCAGGGCGGAGCUGGAGCAGCAGGUUCAACACAGCGUGCAGCUAGAGAGCAGCUGCAGGGCUGUGGACCGCUCACUUGGACAGUCCAGCAAGAAACUACAGGAGAAGGAGCAGGAGUUGGAGCAGUUGACCAGGGAGCUGAGACAGGUGAACCUUCAGCAGUUCAUCCAUCAGACGGGCACCAAGGUCACCGUUCUACCAGCCCAGCCCAAUGACCAGAAGAAUAAGACCGACCUCCAAUCAGGCUCGCUGAAACGGCUGGCCUCCUCCCGCCUCCUCCCCAGUGACCUCCGGACUUUGCAGAGUCCAGUGUCUUCAGGCCUCAACCCUGAAGGCAUCUACGUCUGACCCCUGACCUUUACCUUCUGCUGGCUACUAUCAGUGACCCUCUGCUGGAGUUGAGUCAGCUUCUCCCCUGGAGGAUCCAUCUCUUUAUCAUCUCCAUUGGAGCUCCAUCAGAGGAGGCUGGUGGGAGGAGCUAUAGGAGGAUGGGCUCAAUGUAAUGGCUGGAAUGGAAUGGUACCAACCAUUACAAUGAGCACUUGCGCCGACAGCUCAUCGCACUAGCCUCCUCUGAUCUCCACUCUGUCCUCCCACAAUGCCAUCCUUCCUUCUCUCUGCUGAGUUUUCUCCAUCUUCCACGAGAACAGAGACCCCCAACAGUUUUGUCAAGACUAUAGGAUUUAGAAUGUUUGCCUCGUUUUGGCUGUUCUGCCACUGGUGGAGAGCUCGACCAUGUCCUUGCAUGACUGUUUGAAAAGCAUAGCAUCUUUUGAGGUACAGAAGGCCCAAUUUCAAACAGAACGUUUUAGCCUCACCUCUGUGCACUUCUCCAUCUCCUCUCGAAGAUUGAGUGCCACGACUGAGUAGAUGUGAGAAAUAUGGUAUGAACACCACCUAGCACCCCGUUACCAUCAUAUAGAAAGUGAAUGGUGCACAAUCACAGUCAUGUGAUGACUUAACUCGAGUCAACUGCUGCCCUGGACAACCAUGAGGAAAUCCAGAUGUUUGUAGGGGUUGAGACUAAAGAAAGUCCCUUGGAGAUCAGGUGAUAUAGAGGAAAUUAAAACAUCUUCAGACAACCAUGAUUUACAAAGACAGAGGUCUCAAAAGUAUAAUGGCCAUUUGUUACAGAAACAGAAUGGGUCAGAAAACCAUAUUUUACAGAUAGGCCACCUUGUGUGAGACCUGUGGUGUGUAGCAGAGCCAUAUCUGACUGCCUUAUUAGAACAAUUUUUCUGUUUUAAAGACUUUAAGAACAGUAAAGGCUGUUAUAACAGAUACUUAUAGACAUGGCAGCUAUGCUCCAGAGAUCUGAUGCACCAUUUAUAGUCAACACAGCAGUCUAGUGACUAAUUGUUGAUCAGUUUUGUGAUUAUGGCUUUUGUGUGACUGAUGUCAAUAGCUGUAGAAUCUGGUCUGCCACUGGGUGGCAGAAUACACCUCACAAAACAUUUAGCUAGGAUCUUAAUGUUGGUCAUUUCAUAUUGAUUAUACAUGCAAAAAUGUUACAUUAUGCAAUUUAUGUGGUUAUUCACUUUCAUCGUUGUAAUCUUUUAGUAUGCUGUAAGUUUACCGUUGCACUUUCACUUUGGAAGGGCCUGGAGAAUUUGUACUUACCACUUAGUUUUUAUAAUGUCUUGUUUGUGUUGAGUGGUUUUCUUUUCUCAUUUGUAACCUCUUGAAUUGUGGGUUUGUCUAUUGUCUUACAUGGCUAAUCAUUUUUAUGAAGUUAAAAAGAUGUCUCACAUGAACCAAAGCAAGUUAGACAAUGUGAUUGGUAGUGGUCAACCUGAAUGUACUUAAUUUGUUAAAACAGAACAUGCUCUGUAAAUACCUUUACAGGGGCCACUGUAUCUGCCUCCACUUUAAAAGUGAUGCAUUUGUAAUGGUGAGAAUUGUUAUUGGACUGUAUCUGUCAAUAGAUCGAACUCCACUCUGUGGCUCUUCAGCCUCGUGGAGAGGACUGUGUGAGAUAAGAGGUUGUUAUUUGGUUGUGGACUAGUCGAUACCAGGGAACCCACCAACUGCAAAGCCGGUGGACGCACGUCAAGGUCAACAGGCUGACCUAAAGCUCGUUCCAUUCAGUAUUAUUGAUGUCCUAGUUUGGAUCAUGAAGAAGGUUUGAGCUGUGUCGCCGAAAUGUAAACCACUAACACAAGAACAAUGGCUCUUAACAACUUACACAGCGGAGACUAGCAUGCCUUACUGAAUUGUAAAUAAUCACUACGGUACAUAGUAUUGGAAUAUUUUUUACAAUAUUUAAAAGAAUGCAUAAUGCUGACAAAGACAAUAGUUGUACGUAAAAUGAAUUAACUUUGGUUUUAUCCUGCUACUCUGUGGACAGCUUGGUGCAUGCACUGAUGGCUUGGUUUCAUUGAUGUUUUUGUAUUGUUGAAAUGACCAGAGGCUUACGAUGAUAGUGGAGUUAUAAGUAUGGAAGUAUAAUGUUUAUCACAGUGUAUGUUACUGACUGCAUGGCUCUGUCUUCUACAGUGGCAUGUCUUGGUCCCAGACCAGUGCAUUCACACAUAUGUCAGAAUAGGUCAGAGGACAUCGAAAUGCAAACCGUAAACAAAUAGGGUUUUUAAACCCUAAAAAGUGCCCCAUCUUUUGGUGGUUAUUAGACACAACUUACCACUAAAUGCCCAAAGAUGCAGGGUCGUUCCACCUCAAAAAGCGCAAGAGGAUUUCGACACCAAUCUCCAGAUUUUUCUGAAAUCGUUUCAGUAGUGAGUAACUGAUACGAUUAGCAUUCCUGAAACAUUAUUUUGUUGAAAUAGAAUUUAAUCUGAGAAAUUAAGAAUUACUCCAAUUGUCCAUUUUAAUUCAUAAGAUUCAGAUAAUAUUCAAUAAACAAAGUACCCAACGUCUGGACCAAACCUCUUCCUACCAAUUCAUAUUUUUGGUCCAAAUUGGAUGUUGGGUACUUUGUUUAUUGAAUUUGAUCAGAAUCCUAUACAUUUAAAAUGGCCAAUUUGGGUGCAAUCAAUUAGCUUAAUUUUUCAGAGAUAAAAUUACAUUUCAACAAAAUAAUGUUUGAGGAAUGCCGAUCUUAAGCGUUUCUAAAAAAAACUAUUUCUGAACAAUCUGCGAUGGUGGGUGUCAUUGCUCGCUAGAAUGACUCUGCACUGAAAUCUCUUGGGGUAAGAAUACAUCUAAUCUACGCAUCUAUUAGGACAGUUUUUAAAUGUUGCACCAACGGAGUAUGGUUUUCUUAAGUCUUUUAAGGGCCCAUCUUUGUAAACAUGUCUGAAAUCAAUGGUUUUUCAGAUGCAGAUUAAGGUCUGGAUUCAAUCUGUUGCGCUCUAGUGCAGUUUAAAUGUUUAUUAUUUCUGAUUGGGCCGACAUAUGCAGAGUUUACCAUGAAUGUGGUCUCCACAAACGCGGGAACAUUGCCUUCACAUCUCUAUCGUGCAGCCAAAGACAGUAACGUAGGUGCAAACUGCUUCUCCAAAAGAAAUCCCUGACCAUACUUGUUGGCGAUGUCAUGGCGACAUUGGCUAGCUAUGCUCUGUGCAGAAACACGUCAUCAGGUCUAACGGUCGUCUCGCACCAUACUGCGCAUGUGCAGGCCUCAAAUCAAAGGCACAAAAAUGUAAACGUGUUAGUUUGACACUUUCACGGAGUAAUAACAUGUUCAACUACUUAAGAUAUUGUCUCGAAGCUAUGUUGUGCCUUUAAAUUGAGAACUAAUUCAUAAUUUUUCACUUCUCUCAUUGACUUCUCAAACCCCAGCCUGGUUUGCUUGGUCUGUUUCACAAGCAUUCCCAGAAGUAUCUGGGUUUAGAAACUCUGUGGCGCAGCUCUUCAGCGAUACGGAUUAAAUCCAGCCUUAAACCUAGUUUUGGAUUGAGAAGAACGUUCAAUGGAGAAUCUCCCUUGAACACAGUUUUUAGUCUAGGACUAUGCUGACUAUGAGUCCGUGAAACCAGCCCAAAGUGUAAAUGAUUGGGAGGAAACUUUGCCAACAAUGUCAGACGGAGCUGUCAUGUAUGAGAAUGUCAUGUUCUACUUUUCCCCACAAACAUCUGAGAGAAAUGACUUUGCCACGUCUAUGACAUCAUUGUAAUAUGAAAUGCUUAAUACAUUUAAACCAGUGUUGAAAGUUUGUCCUUGUGUUGUUUUCUGUUGUAGCGGAUUUCAACUCAAAUAAAAAGACAAUAUUUGAA